CGUGUCGAACAUGUAAUGAUAAUCUCUGACACUCUUUAUUACUUUAUUUUUUUACACAGAUACUCGGCCCCCUCACCCUCGCCGUGCAGCAGAUUUGAAGACUUCAAGGAGUGUCUCAAACGUCCCGAAAUAGAAGAGCGUGAAAAGGUCUACAAUGAACUCCGGGGCUUCGUCUGCGACGGCGACAACGCGACCUGGACGCGUUUCAUGGGCAUCCUGUUCUCUAAAACCAAUGACUCAUGCAAGGGCGCCUUGGACGCGACAAAACAAGUUCUUAAGGGCGACUUAGACAAAUGCGGAAUGGUGGAGCAGCUGUUCGACGAGUGCGCGUCGCAGAGGCAUUUGCCGACCGACGUGCUGGAACCCGGCAUGGAGCUCCUCGGCUGCAGACGAGAGCAGCCUGUUAUUCCCACCACCCAGCCAGCGCCGCAUCCUCCCGCAGGUCACGGUGAAGGACAGCAGUGCGACAAGGACGACGCAAUUCGCUGCCUCAAAAUGUCGGCCCGACGCCUGGAAACCUCCAUGGGCUUCGGAAACAGCGGAGCUGUCGUCGAACAGGAUGGCUGCACUCCCCUGCCGGCAUCGUGCCUCGCGCCACAUCGGCUUCAAGGCUGCUCCGACAGCGAUAGCAUGCAGCUCUCCGUCCUCGAGGCUGCCAUAGAAGCCGUGCGAUCGGCCGCUUGUGGCAACGACCGAGCGCUCCUGCAGAGCAUCCGCCGCACGGCCUCCUGUUUGAACGUGGAGGAGUUUAAACGCUGCGUCGACGAAUCUCACAUCGACAUCAGCAAAACCAUGUUCACGAAGCAGGAGUGCAGUGCCUCCUUUUCGUCAGUCAACGAGUGCAUCGAGAAAAGCCGCAAGCUCUGUGAACCCGACGUCGAUAGUGCGAGGAAACUUUCGUCGGCCUUCUUCAGCGUCUACGGCUGUGACCCGAAGCAGCAUCAGCUACCGAAACAUGAAGGCCCGAACAGUGGCGCCAGUCUGGCUUCUUCGGUCACGCUGACCCUUUCCGUCGUGCUAGUCGCUUCGAUUACAACACGAAGAUAACUUCGAAAAAAAAAAAAGGGGG